GGAUCAAACUUCAUAUUUAGAAAUUCCCAAAGAUAAGUCAUUAUUUUUACUGGCAGAAAGGCCUAUUCGUCCCAAGCCUAUAGUAAAUAUGCCGAUUCUUAGAAAAAAGUCAACUGGAACGAAAACAACUAAUUUAAUCGAUCUUAAAGAAGGAGAGAGUACUAAAGAUCCAGACGUAGAAAUAGAAGAAGUUCAUGAAGAUCAUGAAGGUCAAGAAUUACAAGACUUGGUUACUCAAAAUCAAGACCAAGACCAAGACAAAUCCGCCGAACUACUUGAAGUAAAGAAGGUUAAACUGCCUAAAGUAAAUAAAAAGAAAGAAGAUGUAAAA